AUGGUUGGCCUGGAUGCUGAUUUACAGAGGGAUGACGAAUGUGAUAACAUUGGUUUAGGUUGCGCUCUAGAGCAUUUCUCAGAGGUUGAAGAUGUGCUGCACAUGAUUGAUAAUUUGAAAAAUAUCUACGACACACCGACGCUGGAAGUAGAUUACGAACGAUUGUACACUAUUCUGAAACAAUACUAUGAACAACCACACCUGCUUGAUCCUCAUCUAGAUAAGCUGCUGGCUAAAUUUCUCGCUUUGAUCAAAGAUAAGGAUUCUCCAAUUGGAUUAAAACAUGCAACAUUUAAUUAUAUGUAUCAGAUUAUCAGAGUAAGAGGCUAUAAAGUAGUUGUAAGACAUUUGCCUCAUGAGGUAUCAGAUCUUCUGACUGUAUUGACAUUCCUUGAAGCCCAGGAUCCAAAUGACAAGGAAACAUGGCGCAGUAGAUUUGUGUUGUUGCUUUGGCUCUCUAUAGUUGUUAUUAUUCCUUUUCAUAUGAGCAGGUUGGAUGGAUUUGCACCUGAACAGCCAGGGUCAUCUAAGAAGUUAACUGUGAUGGAAAGGAUCUUUAAUAUUUGCAAAUUAUAUGCUUGCUGUAAAGAUUCAUGUGCGGAGGCUAGUGCUUAUUUAGCUUCGAAAUUUCUGAUCAGAUCUGAUGUUAAAGAAAUGUAUAUGGGUGCUUUUUUUGACUGGGCUUGCAAGUUACAUUCCAAUAUUAAAGAGGAGGAUACUAUUUACUAUGGUGUAUUGGCCGCUGUCGCUGCAGUGUUAAAACAUGGAAAAAGAGAUGAUCUCCUACCAUUUGCGCCUAAGUUAUUGCAAUGGGUGACAGAGCAAAAUUACAAACUGCAUAAAGCUAUGCUAGUGAGAAAGUAUGGAGUAAAAAUUGUGCAAAGAAUUGGAUUAACUUUCUUGAGACCUCGCGUUGCUUCAUGGCGUUACACCCGUGGUUCAAGAUCUCUUGCGGUGACACUGGGAGGGGUUGCAGCCGCUGGUGAUACUGAACCUAUCACUUCGCCACCCGAUGAAGACGAUCAGGAUAUACCACAAGAGGUGGAGGAUGUGGUCGAGCUGCUGCUGUGCUCGUUGCGCGACGACGACACGGUGGUGCGUUGGUCCGCCGCGAAGGGCGUGGGCAGGAUCGGGGCGCGGCUGCCCGCGCAGGCGGCCGCCGACGUCUGCGAGAUCGUGCUCACGCUGUUCGCCGAGAACGAGCGCGACACCGCCUGGCACGGCGGCUGCAUGGCGCUAGCGGAGCUGGCUCGGCGCGGGCUGCUGUCGCCGCAGCAGCUGAGCGCGGCCGCGCGCUGCGUGGUGGCGGCGCUGGCGCGAGACGAGCCGCGCGCGUCCGGUGGCGCGGGCGGCAGGGCGGCGCGCGACUCGGCCUGCCACGCGGCGUGGGCGUUCGCGCGGGCGUACGACGCGCACGCGCUCGCCCCGCACGCGGCCGCGCUCGCGAACGCCCUCAUCGCCACCGCGUGCUUCGACAGGGAGAUCAACUGCCGGCGCGCCGCCUCCGCGGCCUACCAGGAGAACGUGGGCCGCCACGGCAUGUUCCCGCACGGCAUCGACGUGCUCACCACGGCCGACUUCCAGUCGGUGGGGCCGCGGGCCAACGCGUACCUGGCCAUUGCGCCGCAGGUCGCCGCCUACGCGGAGUACACGCGGCCGCUGGUCGACCACGUCGUCGAUUUGAAAAUCGAACACUGGGACUGCGCGAUCCGCGAGCUCGCCGCCAAGAGCCUCAACAGGCUCACGGAUAAGAUCCCAGAAUACGUGGCGACGGAGGUGCUGCCAAAGCUCGUGGCAAAAACCGAGUCGAUAGACCUGAACGUACGCCACGGUGCCAUACUCGGUAUAGGCGAGGCCAUCUUGGCCCUCUCGCAAGUUAAAUUGCCCGAUGGCAGGUCGGCGGACAGCCUGGUGUCCGAGGAAGUGUCUCGGUCCGUUCGCGAGCUGGUGGGCAAGUUGCGCGCUCGUCAGCAGUUCCGUGGGCUCGGUGGGGAGCUGAUGCGCCAGGCGUGCUGCCAGUGCGUAGCCCGGCUGGCACUCGCCGCCGCGCCCUACCACGACCACGCGGACACCAUUGACGAGUGGCUGGACCUGAUCGAGGAGUGCCUCGCCCACGAGGUGCAGGCGAUCCGCGAGGGGGCGAUAGCGGCGCUGCCGCUGGUCAUCGAGCAGUACCUGAAAGAGGACUCGCGGCCCUUCGGCGAGCUGAGCGCCGCCCAGAAGCGCGCCGAGCUCGUCGCCCGCUACUGCGACCAGCUCGCCAGCGCCGGCGUCAACGGGCUGGUGCUGCGUAUGGGCUACGCGAGGGCCGUGGGCGCCCUGCCGCGUUUCGUGCUCGCCGACCACCUGCCGCUGGUGGUGCGCUCGCUCGUGCAGUGCACCAAGGUGACGGAGCCGACCGCCAAGUGGGCGGAGGCGAGGCGCGACGCGGCGCUCGGGCUGACGGACGUGUGCCGCACGAUGGGCGUAGCGGGCGGCGUAGAGGGCGAGCACGUGCGGCUAAUUGUGGAAGCGCUGCUCGGCUGCCUCGGCGAGUACACGGUCGACAUGAGGGGCGACAUCGGCGCGUGGGUGCGCGAGGCGAGCAUGGCCGGUCUGCUGUCGAUCUGCCGGCAGUGCGCGCGCGAGGCGCCGCAGCUGAACAACGAGCGCGUGAUGAGGGCCGUGAUGUGCGGCGUGGCGCAGCAGGCCGUAGAGAAGAUCGACCGCACGCGCGCGCACGCUGGGCGAAUAUUCACCGCUUUCAUAUACAACGAUCCGGUCAUCGAGAACAUUCCCCAGCACGAGGCCCUGAAGCGCAUCUUCCCCUACGACGAAGUGGAGCUCAGGCAGGGCAGAGAGGCGAAAGAGGCGAAAGAGGCCGAAGAGGCGGCAGAGGCGACGGAGGCGAGCGAGAGCUCCAACGUGGUGCUGUGGCUCUUCCCCGGCCACACUAUGCCGCGAUUCGUCCAGCUACUGAAUUACCCCGAAUACAGAUACAGCGUCAUAAAAGGUUUGGUGGUUAGUGCUGGCGAGCUCACAGAGAGUCUUGUGAAACACACGACGCAAUCCCUAUACGCCUACAUGAAUACUCUCCACGAGGACCUGGACACGCUGAGGUCCAUUUGCGACACGAUCAUCGAGGUGUUUUCGGACAACCUGCACGUGAAGCGCAUCACGGGACCAAUGUUCAACUUCCUCGACCGGCUCCUCAGUUCGGGUUCCAUAUCGCCGAUACUGGAUGAUCCCGAGUCAAAGUUCGCCGCGAACAUUUUGAAGUAUUUGCAGCUGGAACUCCGAGGGGGCAAGAACAUCUACAAACUGUUGGACUCGAUUAAUGUUUUGUGCCAAUUAAUCCAGGUGGGCGGGGAGGUGUGCGCGAAGGCGCUCGGCCAGCUGGUGAUCUACCUGUGCUACGCGGACCGCUACGUGAGGCGCUGCGCCGCUGCGAGGCUCUACGAGGCGCUCACGCUCUACGGCGACUCGUGCGCCGCGCCGCAGGACGACAUCGACAAGGUAAUGACGAUACUAGCCGAAACGGAUUGGGAGAAAGACGUCGAGGAACUGAGGCCCAUAAGGAACGAGCUCUGCGAUCUCAUGGCAAUAAAACGGCCCGUUCUCAAGCAGAAGGCUCCA